AUGGACAUAGGUGAUGCUCUGAGGUUAUGCGUAGUGAUAUUGUGUCUUCGUUCUGUGAAAGCAGAAUGGUACGACACUUUUACUGGUAAUCAAAUAACUGACGCAAGGUUGGCUGCUUUGAGACUCAACAAUCUUAUACCAUGGUGCGCAGUAGAAGUGAAUAAUUGCACACUAGAUGAACCCCGUCGGUCAGACUUCAGCUGCAAUAACAUACACUAUCCAUCACGUGGGGCCAGCAUGACUCCUUAUCAUCACAUGCUGCCACCUGACUUUCCAACUAACGGAGGGCUUCGGACUGCGAAGUCCGGGAAACCACUACCCAAUGCAAGAGCCCUCAGAGUCGCUCUAGUGCCAGAUGGGAGGAUCCCCAAUAACAAAUACACGAAUUUGCUUACAAACAUGGCUGUGUUUAUAACUGGUGACUCUUCCUCGGUCCAUGACACGUUCAACUACGUUGUUUUAACCAUUACCUGCUGCUUGCCUGGCGGCGAAUUAAAUCCGAGAUGUAUGCCUAUAACAGUACCAGACGACGAUAUGCACCUGAGGAGGAGUAACGUGAGAUGCCUCAAUCUUACUCGCACCAUCACGUAUCAGAGCCUCGGGUGUAUACCAGAAACGCUACCGCCCGAAAGAGUAAAUUUAUUUGCGCCCAUGUUGGAUUUAUCUCACGUCUACGGCAGUGACGCUGGUAGAGCAAUAUUUGCUAGAGAGAGAUGGGGUGGUCGGCUCAGAGGUGAAAAACUGAAAGGGAAGGAUUGGCCACCGGGUAAUAGUCCGCUCUGUUUGCAGAACAAUAUCAAUGAGACUAGAUGUCAUAGAGCUGCCGAACCGGCAAUAAAUGCUCUAAUAUCCGCCAACAUGGCAUUCCUUUGGUUCAUGCGACAGCACAACAACUUGGCAGAAAGACUCGCGAAGGUGAACCCAUGUUGGGAUGACGACAAGCUGUACAUAGAAGCUAGAGACAUCAACAUUGCUAUAUGGCAGCAGAUCGCAUACUAUGAUCUGAUGCCUAACAUCGUAGAUUACAGAUAUCUAUUAAAAAACGGCGUGAUAUUUCCUGAUCAUGGCCACGUCGACGACUAUGAUCCGAGUCUAGAACCACGUGUCAGCAUAGACUACGCCGUCGCUACUAGGUGGUUUCACGUGCUACAAGAAGGAAAGCUCAAUCUAUAUGACAAUCACGGCAAGAUUUUAAGGCAGCUGGGAACAGUAGACUUGGUGCUACACACAGGUGUACUGCCUCAAAACAACACAAUAGAGGGCCUUACACAGGGCAGCUUUAGGCAACCGUGCGCUAGCACCGAUAAAGUUAUAGAUCCCGAUAUGGGUGAGCGCGUUCUUGGCCGUUUGCAGUUCGCUUCCGAUAUAAUGUCAACAGACAUUAUGAAGGGACGUGAUCACGGUCUGCCAUCAUAUAACCGAUACAGGGAACUAUGUAAACUGCCCGUCGCACAUGAUUUUGAAGACCUCUAUCAUUGGCUGCCUCAUGAUCAAGUGGAAUCGAUGCAGAUGUUAUACGAAGACGUGGAGGACAUAGAACUAAUGGCUGGUAUCUUGUCUGAAGUAGAGAUGGGUGAUGGUGUGGUGGGUGAAACCCUCGCUUGUAUCAUAGUUGACCAACUGCUAAGGUGGAGGCGUGCUGAUAGAUUUUGGUACGAAAACACGGUACACCCCGGGGCAUUCACACCAGAACAACUAUAUGAAAUCCGUAAGAUGACCAUGUCUAAACUUCUAUGUGAUCACGGAGACGCAGUGGAUGCUGUACAGCCCAAUGCAUUUCAAUUGCCACGACCAGGUAACGAAAUAAUAUCAUGCUCUGAAUAUUCUGAUAUGAAUAUAGAUGAAUGGCGUGAUAACUCCUGUAACGUGAAACAAGGGAAAACGCAGAUGUACGUGAAACAAAUGAACACUAUGGUGCCGCGAGGUAGAGAACCCCAGAACUUCUAUUGA